AUGCGCUUCGCCAUCUUCUCCUUCCUGGUUGCGCUCCUCGCUGCCUUCGUCAUGGCCAGCGCACCCCACCGCUCCGUCAUCAUCAGCUGGCCCAACGACACACCCGACGACAUUGUCGAGCAGAGCAAGGAGGCGAUCCGACAGGCCAAGGGUGUCAUUACCCACGAGUACAACAUCAUCAAGGGCUUCGCUGCCACCGCCCCCGCUGCCGCUCUCGACAUGGUGUCGACGUUGAGCGACGUGUACAAGUGUGAGAUUGAAGAGGAUGGCAUCGUUACUACACAGAACAACAAGGAGUAG